AUGGCGGGGCGGGGCGGCGCAUCUGGACAGGUCGAGCGGCACCACCCGGGGGCGCCGCCGCAGGAGGGGCAGGGCGCCGGGCGGAGGCGGUGGCAGCAGCAGCACCAGCAUGCAUUCUCGGGCCCGCUUUCAUCCCAGCGGAGGGGGACGGAGGCCGCCACGAGGGCUUCUCCUCCUGCUCCCCCCGGCGCUGGAAAGCGGAGCUGGCGAGCCGCCGCGGCGGAAGGUCCGCUGCCUACGUGGCGCCGGCUGUCCGUGGAGCCCGCCGAGCUGGCUUUGGGGAAGCUCUGCGGCCGCCGAGACUGGUGGCAUGCCCCGGCCGGGCGGCUGUGGCAACUGUUGGCGGCCUGCUUGACCUGCUGCUUCGUGCUGGGCUGGUACGCCGCCAGCCGCCUGAGGGACCUGGCGCCGCAGGGAGGCCGCUGGCGGGAGAAGGACCCCGAGCCGGUGACGGUGCUGCUGUGGUGGGAGCCCUUCGGGCACAGCUGGGUCUCCGGGGACUGCUGGCGGCUCUUCAACAUCAGCGCCUGCAGCCUCUCCACCAAUCGCAGCCGCCAGCAGGACGCGCACGCGGUCCUCUUCCAUCACCGCGACCUCAUUCGGCAUGGCACCCACCAGCUGCCCCGGCUGAGGCCGCCGGGCCAGCGGUGGGUCUGGAUGAACUUCGAAUCGCCCUCCCACACUACGGGCCUGCGGGAGCUGGCCGGCCUCUUCAACUGGACCAUGACCUACAGAGUGGACUCUGAUGUCUUUGUGCCCUAUGGGUACCUCAAGCUACGCCCGCAGCCCCUUGCCCAGCCUACCUUGCCCAGGAAGACCAAGCUGGUGGCGUGGGUCAUCAGUAACUGGAACGAGGAUCACGACCGAGUCCGUUAUUACCACCAGCUGAAAAACUAUCUCCCCGUCGAUAUUUACGGGGCUCAUGGACUGGCGCUCAAAGACGGUAAUAUGGUUAAGACUGUCUCUGAAUACAAGUUUUAUUUGGCCUUUGAAAAUUCCCAGCAUCAGGACUACAUCACGGAGAAACUCUGGAGGAAUGCCUUUGAGUCUUGGGCUGUCCCCAUUGUCUUGGGCCCUCCUAGGGCCAACUAUGAACGAUUUGUCCCCUCCGACUCCUUCAUUCAUGUCAGUGACUUCUCUGGCCCCAUGGAGCUGGCUGUUUACCUGAAAUUCCUAGAUAAAAACAAGAACAUGUACAGAAAAUAUUUUGCCUGGAGGAAACAGUAUGAGGUGCGGGUGACAUCGUUCUGGGUCGAACACUCCUGCAAGGUUUGUAAUGCAGUGAGGGUUGUGGGAAAACAGUCCAAGACCAUCCAAAACCUUGCAAACUGGUUUGAAAGUUGA